AUGGGCUUGGAAAGGGAGUCAAGCACUCCGUCGCUUGUGGGAUUCUCUGUGAGAGGCAUCGAUGACUCUAACAACCCGGAUUUCUGCGACGAUAGACGUCCUACUGUGGCAGACGCACGUUCGUCACCACAACUGCUGGAGAAAAUCCACUCGUCGUCGCAGCUCAACAAGCUCGAGGGACCCUACACCUCUGUUGAAGAGCUGAACCGUGAGGGUGCGCUGCUGACAGACGACAACGAGGUGGACCUCGAUUCUGUAGUUCACGGCAAACUGGGCGACGCAGAAGACUUGAAAAAGUCGCUGCUCAGAAAGAAGAAGAAACAGCAGCAGCACCACCAUAACCACCACCAGCACCAGCACCACGGUCUACAAGUUCCCCGUGGCGUCUCGUCGUCCUCGUCGUCGUCCAUGUCGCCGUCUGCUUCGUCUUCACACUCACCAUCGCAGACACGUAGCUCGUCGCUAGUGACAUCCACGGAUCCCGUCCACCAUUCUCACGCCGGUGGGGGCGCUGGCGCGCGCGCCACGGGCAAUUUCGCACUCAACGACGACGACGAACAGAUCCGUAAUUCGUAUGGUGAGUUUAUCGCCAACCGGUCCCACCGUCCACAUUUGGCCGGUGGUGAGUCGUACCAAAGCACCAACAGCUACGAAAGCGAGGAUUCCUCGCGCGAGCGCUCUGGUCGCUCUGCUCGCAAAGAAGAGGCUUCCAGGGACUAUCUCAGAUCGCUUUCACGCUCUUUGAGUCGUGAUCCUAGGAAAUCCAUCGAACACGAACUGUCACGUGUCCAUCUGAAGCCCGACGUCGAGGCUUCGUCGCAUGUGAUAACUGAGGAAAUCGAAGAGAGUAAUGAACAGGCCGGACAAGAUCAAGAAGAUCAAGGUGCGCUCUUGAACGAUGAACGCGACGAAGACUACAGUGUGGAGCUUCAACAAGCAGCGAACCACGAGGAGGAUAAGCUGCCCGAACAGUAG